AAUGAAAUUUGGCUAGUAGGAACAAAUUAAAGAAAAUGCAAUCUUCAAUAAAUUCCAUAUGUAUACAGGAUAGCCACCAAACUCUGCCUCAAGCCCCAGCCACAACACAUGUAACUCAAUUCUCUUCCCUCUUCAUGCUUUUCUCAUUAUUCAAGAAUCACAGAGAUGACGUCUACCCUUCAUAGCAGCUUUUUUAGGGGUCUUUACCAAGAUCUACCCUUCAAUUCACUACUUGUGACUGAUAUAUAAUUUGUAAAUAUAUUUGUGGUUGUUGGUGGCAAAACAAAGUCAAAAAGUUCUUGAUUAUUUAGUUCUCUGGUCAUUUUUUUCCUCCAAUAAUCUUCACUGGGGAUGCCCUCUUGAUUAUUGUUUAUUAGUUGUCUUCAAUUGAGGAGAUCAGAGGGUUUAAUUUCCAGAAAAGAUAGAUCAGAUCAGAUUAGAGUAUGGGAAUGGAAAUAAUAGUGUCAGUGGCACUUCUGUUUGUAGGAAUAGUGGUUCUUGUGUUCAUACAUGUUUGUAUAGUAGGGAGGGCUUUAAGGAGUAGAAAUGGGAUAAUGAAUGGCACAAUCUUUAUCCCAAACAGAAGCCAAAGCCCCAUGUCCCAAGAGGACAUAAAGAAGCUGCCAUGUUUUGAGUACAAACUGGAGAUUAUUAAAGAAGAAGAAGAAGAAGAAGAAGUGGAUUGUGCUGUUUGCCUGGAGAGCUUUAAGGUUGGGGAUAAGUGUAGGCUGCUGAAAUGCAAUCACUGUUUCCAUGCUCAGUGCAUUGAUUCAUGGCUCAAAAACACAGCUUUUUGCCCUAUUUGUAGGGCAGGUGCCAAGGCUUCUCCUCUCAAAACUUCUUCUUCUGGGGAUCAAGAAAACACUGCCACUUCUGGUACUUCUGGUACUUCUAGUACUCAAGUUGUUGCUGCUGAAAUGACAUGAUAACAAAAAAAAGGUACAAAUUUGUUCAUUCUUUUA